UUGCACCUGAUAAAAAAAUACUCGUUUCUACGUAGUAAUUUAGUUCAAUCACCCCUGUCAAGGAGGAGGUGACAUUUUCAUCGGUAAAUUUUGAAAGAUCAUCAGAUAAAAAUUAUUUUAGACCUGAGCAAUGACCUAACCUCUAUCAUAAAUCCUGAUUUAAUUUUGAUACAUAUUAAGAAAUGAUAUUUUACAAAAAAGUGGGUAUAAUGAACGACCAUACCCUUAUCCCACGCACUUUUCUGUGAGAGUAUUUAAAGCCCGGUGAUUGACAUAAAAAUUGUGUUGGGGAAACAAAGUUCUCAAAAAGCACAAAUUCAUCAAUUUGUCAAAAUGGCAGACUUUUCUGAUUUAAUGUAAGUAAACUCGGUUCUAUGAUUUGUUGCAUAUACGGUAAACUAGUAAUUGAAAGUUUUGUGUCAUAUACAUACCGGGGUAUUUUUUUAUUUACUUAUUUAUGCAGUGACUUUGAAACAUCUCCUGAGUUCGAAGAAUUAUGGAAACAAAUAGAAAAACAGGAAAUAGAGAAGCAGACCCCUUCAUUCUCAAAAUCUUCCAUUGUUCCUCAAAAAGGAGCGACGCAGGCGUCUAAAGUAGUGGUUCAAGAUAGCACAGGGCCUUCCGUCCUGAAGAACUUACUGUCAGGCACAGUAAAAAAGGAACAAACAACGACCAGCCCUUUCAACGAAAAAGCAGAGAACGUCAAAACAACAAUUAUCCCUCUGGUCCCAGUUUUGGCAGACAAUGAUCACAUUAAAACAGAGCUACCUUUCAAAAGGUACUCUGCUUGUACUUCAAGUGUAUCGACACCGUCAUACUCUCCUGCGCAUGAUGAAAACUGGCCCCCAACACUAACGGAUUCUACAACGUUAGCCGCCAACGCAGAGGACUCAAUUCUCACAACGUUCAGGUAAAUUAACCGAUGCUUUAAAUAAUUAAAAAUACACAUCUGUCAAUUACUUUACUUGUUGAAAAACAUUUUAAAAUGUACUGGUUGUUAAUAUUUAAAAAAUAUAUAUUUUUUUAUUUAAAAGGAGGAAUAAUAAAAAAAAGUUUAAGACCCUGGAGAAGAGAUUUUCAGAGCCCUUGGCUGUUGCUUCCCGAGAGUUGGAAGUUCUAAAAUCCUUGCA